AUGUCUGAACCCGAUUUUUUGGAACGGUUGAUCCUGGAGAUUGAGAAGUUCCCUAGGAUAUAUAACAAAGGAUUGGAGGAAUACAAGGAUCCUGACAAAAAAGAUGACGCAUGGAAAAAGGUUGCUGAUAAGUUGUCUAUUGGAGUUCCUCUGGCAAAAUCGAAGUGGAAAAAUAUAAGGGACGCCAUGAGAAGAUACAAGAACGAUAUUCGUACAAAGAGUGGGCAAGGAAGAAAAAAAGUAAAGGAAUACAAGUCAUCGGGUAAUCUUCAGACUACUCAAGAAGAGGGCCAUGAUGAAAAGCAGACGACCAAGGAUGUAUCUGACUUCCUUGCUGAGGAUGACGAUCAGACUGUGGAUGAGGAUCACGAUGACACCAUGGAGCCAAGCAGUUCGUCAAAGACAAGUGCCGUCACAGCGAAGAAAAGGAAGAAAACUGAGAGCACUGAUGUCAUUGCCACUACGGAUGCAGUCUUUCUAAAUUACAUAAAGAAAAAAAGCGAAAAAAUGGACAGGAAACCUCCAACCGAUACUGAUGACGAUGUAGCAGAUUUCAUGAAGUCUAUGACAACUAAAGUAAGAAAGUUCCCCCAUAUGUUAGGGCAGAUCUAAUGUUAAAAAUACAUGGCCUUGUUCAUCCAGCAGAAAUGCAACAAAUGUAUAAAGCCAGUUCAUCAGGCAAUAGAGAUGCAUCUUCAUGUAAUGCACCAAACCAAUCUUUGGUUGGGCAGCAACAGAGUGCAGCUGCAGUAGGUUCAGCUUGUCAACAAACCUUUGGCCAACAAAUGAUGAACAACUC